GGGCAGCUGGGGACCUUGGUCAGCUUGCUCCAGGAGCUGCAGCGGUGGAGUGAUGGUGCAGAUGCGGCCAUGUCUCCCAGGGUACUACUACGAGAGGCCCUCCCACAAUCCUGGGCAGUUCUCUGCUUCGGGGAGGGCACUGGCUCACCUCCAGCAGCUCCCCCAGGAAGACUCUCUGCCUCCUUUCUCGGGUCACGUCAUCUCAGCCAUCCGGACCUCGGUGCCUCUUCACAGAAACGAGGAACCGGCACGAGCUGCCCUCACUUCCUCCGGAGGAGGCCGCAACGAGAGCUAUUGGAGCCGAGCAACCUCAAGAGGGGGCCAAGUUUCCCAGUCUCGGAGACGUAGCCCCAAAUCAGAAAGAAGAGGCCGAAAGAAAAGCUCCAUUGGACCCGGGAAAUACGGCUAUGGAAAAGUUCCCUACAUUCUCCCGCUGCAGAUGGACACAGGACAAUCGGCACAUAAGCCCCGAAAGCAACGCCAGUCCAUGCAGCCUGCACCCAACCAACAAGGGACUGGUGGCACCUCCCCUUUUUCCCAUCCAGGUAACCCUUCCCACCACCAUCAUCCUGGAGGAACGUACCAAGGUGACCACCGAUCUUCUCCAGCCAGGACUCAGGUCGUGAGCGGCUCUUUCUAUCAACAACCGGGCUCCCAUUUUCAAGCCUUCCCAGCAGCACCUCAAAGUUUGUUCCAGGGCGUAGAACGGAGCAGGCAUCUCCCUGGAGCUUCUCACCCCGCCAUCCAAGGGCAGAUGUCCACUCAGCCGGCCGCAGCAAUUGUGUGCACUGGGGCCUACAAGCAGUACAGACUCUGCAAUACGAACGCCUGCCUUGAGAACAGAAACAUCAGAGAAGUGCAGUGCGCAUCGUAUAACAACAAGCCAUUUAUGGGCCGUUUCUAUGAGUGGGAGCCAUUUGCCGAAGUGAAGGGAAGCCAGAAAUGUGAACUCAACUGCCGAGCUGUCGGCUAUCGCUUCUAUGUGAGACAGGCGGAGAAAGUGAUAGAUGGGACACCAUGCGAUCAAAAUGGAACCUCCAUCUGUGUGUCGGGGCAGUGCAAGAGUAUUGGCUGCGAUGACUACUUGGGUUCUGAUAAGGUGGUGGACAAAUGUGGAAUCUGUGGAGGGGACAACACAGCCUGCAGGGUCAUCUCGGGAGUCUUCAAGCACAGCCUGACCAACCUUGGCUACCACAAAAUAGUCGAAAUUCCAGAAGGGGCCACCAAAAUCAACAUCACUGAGAUGUCCAAGAGCAACAAUUACUUAGCACUACGGAGUCGAUCAGGACGUGCCAUUAUCAAUGGGAAUUGGGCAAUUGAUCGACCUGGGAGAUACGAAGGAGGAGGAACAAUGUUUGUCUAUAAACGACCCAACGAGAUCUCAAGUACUGCUGGGGAAUCCUUUUUAGCAGAUGGCCCAACCAAUGAAAUAUUGGAUGUCUAUAUGAUUCAUCAACAGCCCAAUCCAGGUAUACAUUAUGAGUACAUUAUUCCAGGUCCCAACACCAUCAGUUCCCAGGUGCCUCUUCACAGACGGCCAGGGGAGCCAUUCAAUGGCCAACUGGACGUGACAGAAACUGUGAAUUAUGAGGAGGAAGAUUUGCAUCAGGAGACGAGCAGUCACCCAAGACAACCAGGGAUGAGUCAGCCUGCAAGAUUUCCCUCCCAAGUUCCAGACAACCAAGUCCCGGUUGGCCAGCCUCCGCGACGUAGCCGGGAACACAACUGGAAGCAAAUUGGAACAACCGAAUGCAGCGCGACUUGUGGGAAAG